AUGGAGGAAGAUCGCGCGCAAGUUGAUCUUGGGGCUGCUGUAGACGUCGAGGAAAAGUUGGACGAAGCUGCAGCACAAAGGCAGCCAAAGAAGCGCUUUGUUGGACGGAGGCAAGCUGCAGAAGCCGCUUCCAAGAAUGGACCAAACUCUUCUGUGGAAGAUAGUGGCGCAAUUCAAGUUUCGACACCGAGGAGAACCCCGCGGACUCUAAAUCAAGUCCCUCUUGAAAUCCUCAACGAUUCGGACCUCAACGCUGCCAUUGCUUUGCUUCCGCCGAAUUACUCUUUCGAGAUCCACAAGACGAUCCAUCGAAUACGAACAAAUGGCUCGAAGAAAGUCGCCCUUCAGAUGCCAGAGGGCCUUCUUCUUUUCGCGACGACCAUAUCCGAUAUCAUUACACAAUUUUGCCCUGGUGUCGAAACACUCAUUAUGGGAGAUGUCACAUACGGUGCAUGCUGCAUAGAUGAUUACACGGCACGGGCUCUUGGAUGCGAUCUCCUGGUGCAUUAUGCACAUUCCUGCCUGAUACCGGUGGAUGUUACAAAGAUUAAGACACUAUACGUGUUCGUGGAUAUCAGUAUUGAUACGACGCACCUGCUAGCCACACUAGAGAAGAACUUCCCUUCCGGAAAGACAAUGGCUGUAGUUGGAACUAUUCAGUUUAAUGCUACUCUACACGGUAUUCGAGCACCCCUUGAGAAGGCUGGGUACAAUAUCUUAGUUCCUCAAAUCACGCCGUUGAGCAAGGGAGAAAUUCUAGGAUGCACUUCACCACGAUUAUCGACCGAGGGCGUUGAUAUGAUUCUAUAUCUUGGAGACGGGAGGUUUCACCUGGAGAGCGCUAUGAUCCAUAACCCCUCUAUUCCAGCAUACCGCUACGACCCAUAUUCUCGAAAGCUUACGCGAGAGACAUAUGACCAUAAGGAAAUGCAUACCUUGCGAAGAGAAGCCAUCACAUCGGCGAAAUCAGCAAAGAAAUGGGGUCUGAUUUUGGGAUCCCUUGGCCGGCAGGGUAAUCCGCACACCAUGGCUAUGAUAGAGGAGAAACUCGAGGCCCAAGGAAUUCCAUAUAUCAAUUUAUUACUAAGUGAGAUAUUUCCUGGAAAGCUGGCAAUGAUGGAUGAUGUCGAGUGCUGGGUUCAGGUGGCUUGUCCUCGAUUGAGUAUUGACUGGGGUUAUGCCUUCCCUCGCCCGUUGCUAACACCAUAUGAAGCACUGAUUGUGCUGGGGGCAAAGGAGGACUGGGGAAAGGCAAACGGUGGCGUCUACCCUAUGGAUUAUUAUGGAAAAGAAGGUCUUGGGAGGGCAAAAUCAAUGAAUACGAUUCCUGUCAAGAGCUGA